UCCUUGAACGCAGCACCCGUGUGCUUUGAUGAUGUCUGUGGCCUCUGCUGCGGGAGAUGAAGUGGAAGCCCUGGGAAACACAGCAGCAGGUUGGCGUGCUUUAAGUUCUAUAAAUUAGGUUAGAGGGUUGGGUUCUUGAGUCUGGGGGUGGGAAGAUCUUAUUCUGUGCACGUUUAGUUAAAUGGAAAGUGGUCGAACCUUGUGCCAAACGUUACAGUAGAGCAUCAUCAAGCCUCCAGGUCACCAACCAGAUGUGCAGUUCUUUAAACGCAACUUUGAGAAACUUGCAUGCAAGAGGACAUAGACUUUGAAUAAAUUAGUAAAAUCACAGGUUUCUGUUGUGAGGCGUUUGACCAGAAACCGAUUGCUUUCGGACUCUUCGGGAUGUCUUCCACGGCUCUUCUCCUCGCAGCGCUCGGCGUUUUAGCGCAUCUGGACACAUUUACGCACGGGUGCCAGCUGCCUUCCGAGUGGCGGCCGCUGAGCGACGUCUGUCGGGCGGAACUGGCCGAGAUCAUCGUGUACGCCCGGGUGCUGGCGAUCCACCGAGAGCCCCUCGGCACCGGGGUGGACAGCCUUUACAACUCGCUGCCGUUCGGGUUCGGGUACGGGUACGAGGGCGCGGAGGAAGGACUGCUCUACUCAGCGGAGGUGGAGUUGCUGUGCGAUCAGGCCUGGGGCAGCAUGCUGGAGGUGCCUUCUGGAUCGAGGCUAAACUUGACCGGACUGGGGUACCUGUCCUGCCAGUCCCACACCGUGAUGGAGAACUACUCCUACUUCUUCUUCCUUAGGAUGGAUGAGAACUACAACAUCCUCCCCCACGGCGUUAACUUCCAGGACGCCAUCUUCGCCGACACGUCCGACAACAGGCGCACCUUUUCCAGCCUCUUUCAGUUCUCCAACUGCACCCAAGGGAGCCAGCCUUUCCACAUCUUCAGCCCGGAGUGGGACACACAGGAGGACAACAGGCUGAUGUGCUCCUCAGUGCAGGCCGCGCUCUUCGAGGAGGAGGAGCUGGGCCGCAAGAUGCAGGAGCGACUGGUCGCGGCGGAGAGGAGGAACCGGCAGCUGAAGGAGCGGGUUCGCAAGGUGAAGCGCUCCCUGGGGAACGCGCGCAAGGCCGCGCGCAAGGCCGGACAGGAGGCGCGCGAGCUGCAGGCGAGGCUGGAGGCCGCCGAGCGCAGGGCGGGCCAUCACCUCAACGCCAUAACGCAGGAGGAGCCGCCGCCCGGGCGCUACGCGAGCACUACGAUGCGCAAGAGGACGCGACUUUGACUUGAUCCGCUCCCUCCCUCAACCACAACUACUUUCUCCUUAGUAUCCUCCCCCCCCCCCCCGGCCACGCCCCUUCCCGGUCUCAGUACUGCGGCUCUGCGGCCUCCCGCCGCUGCUGUGCACUCGUCUAAGGCAUAGUGUGUGCUCAAGUUUUUGAACUAAAGUGCGACAAAAGAAAGUCACGUGUAUUCAUGUUUAUGCUGACUAAGAAUUGUGUUAAAGGGCCACAGAGAGCUUCCACAAGUCAUGUCAUUGGGCUCAUCUCGGCAUGGGUUUGAAAACAUUUGAGCCGAAACCUCUCAACGGAAAACCCAUUGGGGUCAAGACAUUUGUAAGACAUCGAGGUGGAAGGAGGUGGGAGGACAACGCUGGAGACUAAUGUUAAUGCGACUGGAUUAAAUCGACCCAUUGAAGCCUCAGACCACCAGAUGUAGAGUUGAGUGAUAAUGGUCCCUUUAAAAAACACCUUCUGUAAUCAACCCCCUAAUUUGACGCAUUGUUAGUCGAAAGAAAAUAAAAUAUUGAUUACAGGAGUAUUUAAAUAUACUAGUAUUUGGAAUUAAAGUAGUUUAAGUUAGUAAGCUUUUUGCUUUCAAAAAGCAUCCAAACUUAUAUAAGAACAAUAAAAAAGGCCUUCCACAUAAUCAUGCCGUGGUGAAGCAGUGAUAAGUGAAAUUACAUUUUAUUUUAGAAUGUUGUGAUUUAUCAACCUUUUCUUCAACCAACGUGAGUAGUGUAUUUAAGAAUGAGAACCCUGGGAGGUUGCAUGAGAUGGUUCAUUUAUCAUUUAGUCAAUAUAUAUUAUAUUUUUAAAGUUGGAAUUAGCUCGUCUGUUGAUUCUUUUUUGUACAAAUGUUUUUUCUGCAUAAAGAAUCUGGCUUGGAUGGAAAUUGUGUGAAUGCUUUGAGGGAGACUAUGAACACCUGAGUCAGCGGAAUACAAAAAAAACAAAUAUUCACACACACACUUCUUUUAAGCCCCUACGGCGUCACAUUAAGUUCAGGGGAGAUAGUGUGUGUAUAAAUCUUGUAUUUGGGGAGAGAAAGAGAUGCGAUUCGGGUUCAUCAAGUGAAUGGAAUGUGUUAGCGUGGGCAGCAAUGUUCCAAAACAGCGGGACGCCGCUGGAAAUUAUUCCUCCAAUUCGGUGGAAGACCAAAAUCUCUGGAAGGAGGCCACAUUAUGGGACCAGAGCAAAUGCAAGGGACUCAAAAUCACAGAAUAUCCUGAAAGGAUGGAGAGGAGCGCAGG